GAGUCUUCUUCCAUAUAUCAAUUUGGGAAUUAUAAUUGACUUGACUUUUUCUUAAGAUUUAUGUUUUUUGAAACACGUUAAUAUGUAUUAUUUGAUUGUUUAUAUAAAAACAAUUUUUGAAAAUGGAUUUGCAGUAACAGAUGUUUAUACAGAUUUUGGAAGAAUUUUAAAACCAAACAUGGACACAGCGAUUUAAAGACAAGCCCAAUUUUUUCGUGUGUAACACUUUUCAAUCUUUUCGUGUGUUCUUAAUGUUCAAGGAUAUUGCGAAUUUAGUAGGCGUAACUUACUAGUUGAUUUGUAAUAAAAAAUAUUUGUGUCACGCAAAAAGCUCUCAUUGUUUGAAGUCCAGAAAAUGGGUCUUUCGGGAUGUUAUGCUUGUCUGAAAUACGUUGUUUUCUUUAUAAAUCUGAUUUUUUGGAUAACUGGAUUUACCAUAAUAGUUCUGUCACUAUGGAUGCUGAUAGAUCCGAAGUUCUAUGUGAGCAUGGCACAAGAUGAAUCAAGCUACUACAGCGGAGUCUACUUGUUCCUGGUGGUUGGAAUUUUGAUGUUCAUUGUUGGCUUUUUGGGAUGUUGUGGAACCAUACGAGAAUCGCAGUGCAUGCUAGUAUUGUUUUUCUGCGUGCUGCUGAUAAUUUUGGUGGCUGAGGUGUCGGCAGCCGCUUGGAUGUUUUCGAACAGCGAUGAGCUGGAGAAGCUGGUCAAAGAGAAUGUCGACGUGACCGUGCAUCAGGAGUACGGAGUUGUGCCUAGCAGAACCGAAACGUUCGACACCAUUCAGCAGGGAUUGUACUGUUGCGGCGCUAAGGGACCUACCGACUGGCUGAACAGCAAGUACAACAACCUGGGCCAACACGGUGUGGACCUUUCCAUCUCGUCUCCGCCCCUCACCUACAAGAUCCCCCUCUCCUGCUGCGCCGGUGACCCGCAGUCCCCCGCCUGUCAGGCCGCCACCAAGGCCACUAUUGCCGCUCGCCUGCCCGAAAUCAUCUAUCAAGACGGAUGCAGUGAUCGAUUGGUGGAGAAACUGAGAGAUUACGUGAGCACUUUCGUGGUGAUUGGAAUAAUCAUUGCUGGAUGUCAAAUUCUGGGACUUGCCUUCUCUCUAAUUGUCUGCUGCGGCAUUCAGCAGCGCAAUCGCUACAAGGCCUAGAAGCAACAUUAAGGCAACUCAACCGGGUUGCCUUCAAGCCCGUUUCAGACAUGUUGCAGCACAUGCUCUAGAAUAGGAAUAAUCGCUUUGCAACUUGACCAGGGUUUUGCAGUACUGAAACGGGAUCUCUCAAAUCAACUUAUAAAGUCCACAGCUUGAAACAGAGGUUUGUAUCUUUCGACUCUUGCACAAGUAAUGCACGAUCAACUGUACUUAAUCAAAAUUUUAUACAAAUGACUGAACAUUUUAUGGAGUUUUGUACAAGUUUACGUAAAAUUUGUACAUUUUGAGACUGCAUCUACAACUAAUGAAUCAAACCAUCAAAUAUGAACUUUUCCGUAUGCUAUCACAAUAUUUUUAUAAAAACCAAUAGGUUUCAAUUUUGUAAUGAGCAAUUUGAAAAUAAGUACCUCGGCCAUAUCUAUGAUACGUUUUUGAGAAAAUACGUUAGAUAUUGAAGACCAUAAAAUGUUCAAUUUUACCUGAAAGUAACACUUUUUAGAAAGUUAUUGAGAUGAUUCAUUUUAUUAUUUAUUUCAAAAGUGUUUCUUUUCCAAUAUUCCACUCAUCAUGUUUUUUGUUUUCUUGUCAUCAAUAUAAAACCAAGUUGAGGUUAAUGGUGAGAGAAUGAGUAAGAUUUAUUCGUAUUCUCUAACAUUCGAACUAAACUCGUGAAAUGAAUUACGGUAUUGGAAUUGAAUACUAAACUUGACUUUAUAUUUUCACUCAAGGUUCGAACGCGUUGCCUUUCUUUUUAAACGGUUCAAAAACGUUGUUCAAUAUUAACAAUUUUUUGAAGAAUAUUAAUCAAGAAAUUGAGAUGCCAUAUUAUCUAAAAUUAGUAAAAGGAAACUCCAACCUGAAAGUCUCCUGUGAAGUUUUACAGAAUGUAAUCAAUCUGUUAUCGAAGAGUAUAGGAAUCAGUUGAACGGAAACCCAUCUCAAUUUAAUCACUGUAUAAUGGUGUCAUCGCAUAGAUUCUAUCAUUGGUUCCGAUUGGUGGUUAAUUUUGCGGCUACAUUUGGUUGGAUUUUCAUGCAACUGGCGUAGGAGAAUCCAAUUGGCUUUACUUACAUCUCUUGCUUAAUAAUAAGACUAGGCCUCAUAUUGGGUGAUUGGUGACUACUGAAGUGUUUGGUUUUUCCUUAGUGGUUAGUGUAGUAUUUUAUAACUGUAACUUAUUAAUUCAAAUUUAAUGAUGCUAACGAUUUGGUUUGACCAUUUUAAUAUCAUAACGUUUGUUAAACAUAAAUUCUAGUAAAGAGAGUAAUAAUUGAAGAAAUAUAUAUGUAGCAUUAUGCUAACUCCUAAUAUAAUUUAGUGUGUAAUAAUUUUCAAGUAUAGAUAUAGACCUAUCUUUUCUUUAUGUAUGUAAUUUACAUAAAUCUAAUGUUUGUCGUAGCUAGUCUGUAGUAAUAAGAUGAAGUAAUUGAAAAAAUCAGGAAUUUUCAUUUCUUUUCUCUGAUGAUACUUUUAGAUUGUCAUUCAAUCUUUUAUAGAAUUUUUAUUUUUAAUAUUUGAAAAUGUUUAUUUUUUAGUUAUAUUCUCAAUAAAUACAAAAUAUUUUUUUCUCUUGAAAAGAUCUUUUAGAUUUUAAUAGAUUUUCUAUUAAUCAUGCUGGAUUUAAACCAAAGAAUUUGAUUUGUUCUAUUUUUUAUUCGUUAAUCAAUCAUUGAAAAUGAUUUGAUAGAAUCAAAAUUUCAUCUCAAUUUUCCUGAUCAAAUGUAUUCUGAAAGUGUUCAUAAUCUGCUUCCAUCUUGUAUUUCAUGAUUCUUGUGUAAAAAUAACAGUACAAUAUUAUGCUAGGUGCAAUCAUUACAAUAGUUCCCUUCAAUACAUAAAUUUUAUACAUAUUUAUAUUUGUUACAUAGUCAAUUAUGUAAUCCAAAAUGGAUGUGCAUUUCUAGAAUAAUAAGCUUUAAUUUAAUCUCUCUACUAUUAUUAAUAUACAUUUUAAUAUCUCCAUUUUCUAGUACUGAAUCAUUUUUAUAUUAUUUAUGUUUGUGCUGUGCCUUCUCAGAAGUGUUCAUUUUUUAUUGAAUUUUCUUCUAAUUAUGAUUUAUACUGUAUUACAAUUUUUCAGAGUAUCCAAAGAAUGAAUUCAUUUUUUGGGCUAAUAAUGUCUGUCUAUUUGUGCCAUAUUUAUUAUAUAUUUUAUAAAAGAAAUUUGUAAUCAUAAUUCUAACUAUUGUCAACAAGUAACCAUAUGGCUAUUUGCUAAUCGAAAUUUUUAAUUCAAUCCGAUUUGGCCUAUGUCUUUACCAAUUUAUGUGACAUAUAUAUUUUUCGGGGAGAAAUGAAUGAUUCUGUAAAGUAAUAGUUUUCCAAAUCAAUUCAAGAAAUCUUCUUGGCAAACAAUCAAAACAACUACUUACACAACUAUAAUGCAAUAUUAAAAUAAUUACUUUCCAAUGUUAUAAAAUAGUAUUGAUUUAUACUUACUUCAUUAUAAGCUUUAAUUUAUAAUAUUGAAUUGUUUCCAUAACAGUUAUCAGUCGCUAUUUAAUCAUACGCAACAUUUUUUUUCUCUGUUUUUCUAUUUUUAUAAAAUGAACAACUACAUGUAAGUUAAUUUGUCAUUGUAUAUCCCAAUUUUUUAUUUUGAUUAAUGUUAUAAAACUAUAAUAUUGAUGUUUCACAUUUACUGGACCACCUUGUAAAUUUGUCGUCCCUUGUAGCUGGUUUGAUUGCCUCAUCCACAUGUGUUGUCUUGUAAUGUUUCAUACUAUAAUACAUAGAGAUGUAUUUACAAUUUAAAGUAAAUCGAUUUGAUAUAGCUGAUAUGUGUUAUGUACUGUCUCGUAUUAUGUAUUGUAUUUUCUAAAAAUACCUUGUAGUUGACAUAUUUUGUAAGAGCAGUAUUUUGAUGUGUUCAACAAAAUAAUUUAAUUAGAAAAUGUCACUUUGUGACCUGAAUUUCUUAUAUAUUCCUUGUUCCACAAUAUUACAAAUAGCUUUGCUUAUCUCCAACUAGACACACGUUUUUCUUUUCUAUUGUUUAAUUUGUUCUUUGUAAUACUGUACCGUAAUAUUAAUAUAUAUUAUUUUAUUAAUUUGAAUUGAAUUUCUAAAAUAACCAAAGUAAAUUGAUUUUACCUUAUAAUGUUUGUUAUAAAGUAAUAAUAAUGUGUUGUUUAAUAAAUAUUUCUAUUGAUA